GCCGCAGGACCGUCCCGUCAGUGACGGUUCACCCCCGGGCACAUUCACCCGCGCUCUUUCAUCUCGUGAAGGAUUCUAGGGAUGGUCGCAAGCGUUUUGCCGACACACUUGAGAAUGAACCCAAUGCAGCCGAUGAUGAGUUCCUACGGUGGCGCCGCCGCAAAUAGUUUAUGCUGCUGUUUGUCUUGCUUCAAUUUGAAAAUCUUACAGACGCCUGUAGGAAUCUUGAAAAUCUCACAAGUUGUUGUAGCGAGUAUAUGUCAGAGUUUGCUUCUGAAUUUCGGGCUCAAGCACGCACUUACGAUCGGAUUUUCUUUCGAAUCUUUCCUGUCAACUGUAGCAUCUUGCAUGAUGACGUCAUCGGUUCUCCUCCUAUCAUACGUCCUCUCCAGCAAAUCUUACAAACUCAUUCGCUCCUCGAUGUUCGAAUUAUUAUUCAACUGCAUGGCAGCUAGUUUGUACCUGAGCACAUCUGCGUACCUUUGGUUUGCAGUCAAUACUUUCCUGUAUCCAUACUACUUGAUCACGCCAUUUUACACAGUUUAUCCUGCAAUGACUGCUGCCUACAUGUUCGGUUUUGUUCUGGGCGGUCUACACCUCAUUGACGCGUACAUAGCAUUGAAAAAUUUCAGAGGAUACUUCUAAGGACGAAGCAAGAAGAUUUCCUCGAACGUACAGUAAUGGCUGGCGCCAAGACUAAAGAUCAGCGCAGCACAGGAACUUCCCACGCAAAGGAUGCCCCGUGUCCGUUAUAGGCUAAGAAAAGACAAAAUAAAAAUGUCCAAUGAAGUCUGCACUCAAAACACCUAGCAAAUAGAUCGACACACGGACAUUUAACUUUUUACUGCACGACAGCUAGGAUGGACUGAUAAAACCUCAUGGUUUGCUAACAGGCGUUUUGAAGUGAAAGUGAGAAAGUUACACUCUUUCAAAACACGAGAUCCUUCCAGAGUUCUUAAAGAUCCAAUUUUGAGGAACAGCGCGGGCUGAUUGUGGAAAUUGAUAGGCAAAGCGAUAGACAAAGAAGACAAUGGAGUAUGGAGCGACCCAAUUGAUUGAAAUGGUUGGUUUCAGGGUCUCUCGUGCGGGUUGCCUUUCGUUAGUCUAUUAUCUACCUUCCUUUAUUCAUUGUACCCACCCGCUUCCACCAAUAGGAUCCCUCCAUAUACCUUUUGUCUACUUUCUCUAUAGCUUUGUCUAUCAAUUUCAACAAUCAGCCCGCAGUCCUUUUGAGAGAGGUGAAGUCCCUUCUGGAAUCCUUUUAGAGAGAGAGAGUUGAGACAACGCAACGUAUGGAUGUCACAAACUGGAAUGAAGAUUACAGAAAUCGGGCGUUUUUUGUAAUUUUUGAUCAACCUAUUCCCGAAUACCUGUCUCCGAUAUCCCUCUCUCAUUCCAUUUGUUCCUUGCCGUACCCUGCGGUGGAGGGGGAGGGGGAGGCGGAGAGCCCACGUGCUACAAUCACUUAAAUACGGCAAUGUUUUCUAUUUUUUCUCUAACACUAAACAAUCGAGGGUUUUUUAAACAUUAGCAGAUCCAGCAAAUUGGCAACAUUGCUUCUACCCUAUUUAAACCUAUGGGAAUGUGUCGAUUCUUGUGGAGGCCAGGUGCUCUGACAAGAAUCGAUUAUUUAACAUGGGUUUAAAUGGAGGAAGUCCGAUGUUGCCAAAUUGCUGGAUCCGCCCCUGUUUUUGAAGUCAAAUUGCAUUGCUAUCACGAACGAGCAUUACUUAGAUACAAUGAGCAAAGUUGAAAAAUUUUCCAAUUGGACGUAUUUCUGCCAAACGGAACUGUGUACAUUCAGACACAAGCCCUGAGACCCGUAAGAAUAUAUGCACAACAGGACUCAUGUCAUACUGACAAAUACUGACUAAUUGACUGACUGACUGGUGCACACUUUUAUUCUAAUUUAUUUCGUGUGUUUUUUAUAUCAUCCAAAAUAAAAAUAAAAUCUACAUUUUUAUAACGUUUA